UGAUGGCUCUGACUUCACCUGCUUCUGCAAAUGAGUCACGGAGUGUUAUAAAAAGCAAGGACCUGCCAAGUCUCAUUUCUUGGGACUGAGUGGAAAUUCCAGCAAGCAGCUGCUCUUUGGUUAGUUUAUACUUUUCCUCUGCAGGUUUCUUGGAGAGGGCCCGGAAUCACAGACACUUUGUAGCAGAAAGGACCUGUUGCUCUGUUUUGAUAGCUGUGGCUCGGUGGAAUUAGCUGUUUGGUCCAGAUAUGAUUCUGAACUUCCUAAGGGAUCUUGGUGAAGCCUGGAAGGAGCCUCGGGAACAUAAUUAAGCAGUGAUUUGUCCUGUUGGGCAGCUGCCUUCUGAGUGCCUCUGGAGAGAUGCCAGCCAGCUGAAUUAAGCAGUAGCAGGGACAGCAUCUACCCAGGCUGAAGUUCUGAGCCCAGGCACGUGGCGUUUGCACAAGUGUUCACUGGUGGUUUCUCCCAGUGAGUGGCGGUGAGAAUGAAUGGGCACGUCUCAAACACCCCUCCCGGUGGAUAUGGAAGUUACUUCCCUCAAAUGAAUGGCUAUGGCUCCCCAACCUUUGCUCAGGCAGAGAGGGAACAGAAUUCAAGAACAAGUGCAAAAGCUCUCUAUGAACAAAGAAAGAAUUAUGCACGAGACAGUGUCAGCAGCAUAUCUGAAACAUCACAGUACCACGUGGAGCACUUGACCACCUUUGUUCUGGACCGAAAAGAGGCGAUGAUUACAGUGGAUGAUGGAAUAAGGAAGCUGAAAUUGUUGGAUGCCAAAGGCAAAGUGUGGACUCAAGACAUGAUUCUUCAAGUGGAUGACAAAGCUGUCAGUUUGGUGGACUUGGAAUCAAAGAAUGAACUGGAGAAUUUUCCUUUGAGCACAAUUCAGCAUUGCCAAGCUGUGAUGAAUGCAUGCAACUACAAUUCAAUUCUUGCAUUAAUAUGUAAAGAACCAACCCAAAACAAGCCUGAUUUGCAUCUUUUCCAGUGUGAUGAAAUUAAGGCUACCCUUAUUCAUGAAGAUAUUGAAAGUGCAAUCAGUGACAGCAAAAGUGGGAAACAAAAGAAGAGGCUUGAGACACUGAGAAUGAUCUCCAAAGCGGACAGUGCCAUCCCCCCACCCCCACGGGCCCCUGCCCCCGUGCCCCCGGGGACCAUCACGCAGGUGGACGUGCGGAGCCGCGUGGCAGCGUGGUCGGCGUGGGCCUCGGAGCAGGGCGACUAUGAAAAGCACAGACAAUACCACGAGCAGGAAGAAACAGCAGAGAUGAUAGCAGCCAGGAUUGACAGAGAUGUUCAAAUUCUGAACCAUAUUUUGGAUGACAUAGAGUAUUUUGUUACCAAACUGCAAAAAGCUGCUGAAGCAUUUGCUGAACUUUCAAAGAGGAAGAAAACUAAAAAAAGUAAAAAGAAAGGACCUGGAGAGGGUGUUCUUACGCUCCGUGCAAAGCCACCACCUCCAGAUGAAUUUGUUGACUGCUUCCAAAAAUUCAAGCAUGGCUUCAAUCUCCUGGCCAAGUUGAAGUUCCAUAUCCAAAAUCCUAGUGCAGCUGAUCUGGUUCAUUUUCUCUUUACCCCACUACAUAUGGUGGUACAGACGACAGGAGGUCCAGAGCUUGCCAGCACAGUGCUCAGCCCGCUGCUGACAAAGGACACCAUAGACUUCCUGCGGUACACCGUCACCAGCGAGGAGGGGCAGCUCUGGCUGUCCCUGGGCGACUCAUGGACCAAAGCCAGAGCUGAAUGGCCAAAAGAGCAUUUUAUCCCCCCGUACGUCCCCCGUUUCCGGAAUGGUUGGGAGCCUCCUUUGCUGAACUUCAUGGGAGCCCCAAAGGAGCAGGAGCUCAACCAUUUGGCCGAGUCUGUGGCAAACGUGGCAGAGCAACAGCGGAAGCAAGAGAUGAAAAGACUGUCCAGUGAGCCUCCCGGCGUUCCCGACUACCCCCCGGCGGAUGGGUAUGCAUUCGGUAACACGGUGUACAAGAGAGGGCCUCUGCUGGACCAGGGGGCAGCUGUGGCUGCCUUUAAGCAAACUGUUAGCCGACAUGUAGAUAGAAAUUAUGAAGCACACAAUAAAGCACAGAGCAAGAAAUACGCCAAAUGCAAGUACGAAUUCGUGGCAAGAAACAACAGUGAGCUUUCUGUCAUGAAAGAAGAGAUUGUGGAGAUUCUGGAUGACAGAAAGCAGUGGUGGAAGGUUCAGAACAAAAGUGGCAGCACAGGCUUUGUGCCAAACAACAUUUUGGACCCUCUGAGGAACGCAGAAGGCGGUCAGGGAUGGCCAGAGCCUGCCUACACCCGCACCAUCCAGCUGUUGAUGCCAAAGAAGGAGUUUGAAUUAUUUAAGAAGCAGCGGACGGAGCACGUCGCGAAGCAGCCCGAGCCGGCCCCCGCCACGCCCUCGCCGCCCCCCACGCCCGCUCCGGUGCCCGUGGCCGUGCCCCUGCCUCCCAGUGCCCCAGCUCCCAUCCCAGUCCCCGUGCCCAAGGCGCCGGCCGCCGUCAGCCGCCAGAGCAGCACCUCCAGCGACAGCGGCGGCAGCGUGGCCCGCGACUCCCAGCGGCAGAAGCAGAUUCCCGUGGAUCGCAGGAAAUCCCAGAUGGAGGAAGUGCAGGAUGAGCUUGUCCACCGGCUCACCAUCGGCCGGAGCGCUGCCCAGAGGAAAUUCCACGUGCCACGGCCAAACAUCCCCGUGGUGAACAUCACCUACGACUCCUCUCCCGAGGAUGUGAAAGCCUGGCUGCAGUCCAAAGGAUUCAACCCCGUGACUGUGAACAGCCUCGGUGUGCUGACAGGGGCUCAGCUCUUCUCCCUCAAUAAAGAGGAACUGAGGACUGUUUGCCCAGAAGGGUCGAGAGUCUACAACCAAAUUACGGUACAGAAAUCUGCCUUGGAGGCUAGCAGUGGUAGUUCAGAACUGCAAGAAAUUAUGAGAAGACGGCAAGAAAAAAUCAGUGCAGCUGCCACAGAUUCAGGUGUGGAGUCCUUUGAUGAAGGAAGCAGCCACUAAAUGUGUUUCCUCUUUUCUUUAAUUCCAUUGUCCAUAGCAUUAAACCAUCCAGCUUUGCUUUAGGAAGCAGUGAAGGGGAAUGUCUUAUUGUAUUGUAAAUGUAACUAGCCAACAUAAAGAAAAUUUCCAGUAGUCUCCACAGAAGUACCUGCUGCUGGCUCCUCACCACGAGAAAUGAACAGAUGAGAAAUGCUGUGGGCAUUCCUGACAGGUGAAAAUAUUGGUACAUGAUUCUUUACACCCGGAGAGGAGGCUUGGCUUUGUGGAAUUAACAUGACAGAUAAAAUGGGGCACGUCUUUGUUGGUGAUUCAUCUGAGCCAGCAAUAAAAAAAGCACUUGAACCCUUCAGUAAUAAUAAGAUUCCGAAUCCCAUCUCUUGCUGUAGUGUGCAAUUAUGUCUUUUUUGGCUCAGUCUUUCUUGUCAGGCAUUUGGCUGCAGGAUGUUUACUUAAGUUGUCGGCUCCAGGAAAUGUUUAGGGAAUGAACAGCAGCCCAACACAGACUGAAUCUUUCCUGCACCACUCCCAAGGUGUUUUAUUACUAAUGAUGCUGUUUAUAGCAAAAUAAUAUUCUGUACGUUGAUUUUAUCCGUAUUUCACCUGUGAUGAACGAUAAUAUUGCACAAGAAAGAGAAACUAGAAAAUAGUAACACAACCCAGCUCAAAGAGGUGAUGAGAUCUGCUGUAGCCAUGCAACAACUCACAGUAUAUAUAUUUUUAAAUAUAAUUGCAUUUUUUUUGUCUGUAACUUAACCCAUCAAAAAGAACAGUGUAUAAUCUAGACUUCUCUGUGUGUUGAUCCCAGAUAUCAGUUUUUCCUCAUGCAAAAAGCCUUUGUAAUUUCCUUUAUAAAAGUAAUCUUUUGGAAAAGUGGAUUCCUGAAGGCAAAACAGGGGAAAAAAGAAAAGAGAAACAUCCCUUCCAGAAAAGGUUAUUUUUGGAGAUGCAAUGAUUUUUGUCACAAAAUGUUCUGUUUCACAUGGUCAUGUGAUUUUAUAUAUAAUAUAUGUAUUAUAUAUAAUAUAUAAUAUCACUUAAUUUAGACAAAUUUAAUCAUCUAGUUUGAGUAAGUUUCAUAGUGCCUUUUUCACAUGAAUCAGCUUAAAGUCUGCAAUAAACAGUAUUUCUUGUCUGUUAAAUUAUUGUAUCUUUGUGGCUACAAAGACAGUAUUGAAAUAAGAAAGUAAUCUUCGAUUUUUGCCAUUAGUUUGCUUUUCCUCUGCAUACAAGGGAAAAAAAUCUAUUCAUUUUUCACAAAUGAAAAUUAAAAUCUUAAUAAAGGUGUUAGUGCCAUUUAUUGUAAA